CCUUGUCUUUAUACCUUUCUGAAUUUAUUUAGCUGUAAAUUGUUUUUACUGGUGCUUGUACUCCAUCGAGUUGAGUACGUAGGAGAAGUAUUUAAGGAAAAGGGAGAAAUACAGACUUUUAAAGAUGAAUUAUCAUUGGCUAAUUGAUGCUACAUCGUUGGAAUUCUUGGACUUGUCUGCUUGCGAGUUUCAUGAAAAGCCAAAUACGGCGCUAAUUUCUGCACUGGAUUUAUGCGUAACCCCUCGAAGGUAUUCCUAUUUACCCUUUAUACAGGAUCGGGAGCAUUUAAUUGAGCACUGGAGAGUAAUGGAUGCAUUAAGGGAAAACGUUUCUUCCUCUCGUAAAACUGAUACAGCACUUUCCUCCCCAAUCAAAUUAAUUGAAGUUCUUAUUCUAUCGGAGCAAGCCGAUCCUGUCUUAGAUGCUUUGACGACCUGCUUUUUCAGCGAUUAUUCUAGGAACGUAAUGGAAAGAUUGUCAGCAUACUGGGAAACGGAAACAAUCAGAGUCUAUUUAGAACACGUGAAGAUGUAUUUUCACAGCACAGAAAAAUCGUUAUUUGCAUUUCCUGCUUUCUUCGAUCAUGAUCCGAAUAUCAUAACAUUCGAGAAACCUUGUAUAACUUGCAACAGAAGAGAAAAGUCAUUGUUCAUGAAGGCAGCAAUGAAGAAAAUAGCAACUGAAUUAAUAAAAAUGAUGCAGGAUAAGGAUUGUACAGAUUCCCUUCUUGUUGCGGAAGUGUUUGAUGCACUGUGCUUUUCGUGGAUGAGUGAGUUUUUCUUCAGAUACGAAGCUAGAAGAAUGGAUUAUAUUUUUCAUCAUUUGAAAAAAGCAAACUAUUUUUAUUUUACUCAUAUUGUGGAUAUUCUUCAGAAAGAUGGACAAUAUAACGUAUUGCUUCGAAGCAGUCCAGACCACUUGUUGGUGCUCCUCAAAUACGGAAUUGAGAUUAAAUACAGCCCAAUCUUAAGACCUUAUCGAUUUUAUCAGUUUCAUUCAACGGAGCAGCUAGAGCUAAACUGGGGAAGAAUUCCUGCCUUUUUGCGAAGACGAUGGAUAAAUCUAAGACCAAGAGAAGCUGUUAUUGUCGAAAUUUUUACUAAUUUGUAUGGCUGGAGUGUUUCACAUUUUGCUGUUUACUUGAACAGUCUAUGCCUGAUAUGGAGAUCCGUUCCAGACACCUUCCUUUCGUACGAGGAAAUGAAAAGUUUUCUGCUGAGACAUGUUGACACCAAGGCUGUGGAGCAAAUUUGCAACGAACUUCAAAAUCGUGAGUACCACAGUUUUAACAUGAUCCAUCAACCAAGAACGCUGUCGCAUUAUUCCCGGUGUGUGUUGAGGGAUACUCUGAUGUGCAAUUCACAGUUGCCAGAGGGGAUUGAACAACUUCCUCUGCCUAAACGAUUACAAUCUUAUCUGAGACUCGAAUUUUAGUUUCUGUAUGAAUGCAAGGUUUUUCUUCUACAUUUCUCAUAAAAAUAUGAAAUGAAAUUUGAAAAAAAAUCGUAAAUUUCUCAUUCCAAAAAAAUGCACAUAUGAUGUAUGAAAUUUUAUUGCAAUUGAAAAAAAAAAAAAAAAAAAAAAAAAACUUAAUCUAGGUCUCCACUUUGUUCACAAAAGUGUUCACCAGGCCUUUAUUUUUGUAACCAUUGGCCUUCACUUAUUUGUAACAUAUACGUAGAAGCACAAAAAUUUUUUAAUUGAGAAAAAUAUUAAUGCUAUAGAGUUUUAAAAAUUUAGAAAAUCAGUUUUGUUAGAUUUAUUAAUUAAUUAUUUUUUAUAAAGCCUCAUUGUAUCUAUACUUAUAUUUUGUUAUAUGUAUAUGAACUUCACAAAAUGCCGUUGUUCUAUACUGCUUGCAGUAAACUUAAGAAUUGUUUGCAGAGUUUAUUUUCAUGAAAGCAUACAUUUAAAGCUAUAAUGAUGUCAGUAAAGUACUAUAAUUGGUA